AUGGCGCUGGUCGGAGUGAUACUGCUGGGCGUGGUGUUGUUGCUGACGGUUGCUUAUCUAUUCCUGCGCGAGAGACACAGCUUCUGGCGUAGGAGAGGCUUCCCGUGCAAGCCCAACCCGAGCCUGUUGUUUGGUCAAAUGGAAGGCAAUGGAAGCACCAAGCAUGCGGCAUACGUCACGCAGGAAAUCUACAACUACGCCAAGGAGCAAGGCGAACGCUACGUUGGGUACAGCUUUUUCUUCAUGCCCAUACUGAUGGUGUGUGACAUCGAGCUGGUGAAAACGAUACUGGUGAAGGAUUUCACCGUGUUCCACGACCGUGGCAUUUACAGCAACUCCCGCGUCGACCCGCUGUCCGGCAAUCUGUUUGCGCUCGAGGGCCACGAAUGGCGUGAGAUGCGCCAGAAGCUGACACCGACGUUUAGCUCUGGCCGGAUGAAGCAAAUGUUCGGCACGAUGCUGCAGGUUGCAGAAGAGCUGCACAAGCACAUGCUGGCAAACAUCGAUCGCGAGAUCGAGAUGAAGGAUGUGCUGGCACGGUUUACCACGGACGUGAUCGGGACGUGUGCGUUCGGCAUCGAGUGCAAUACGCUCGAUAAUCCGGACUCGGAGUUCCUCAAGUACGGCAAACGGGUUUUCGAGCACCGGCUGGUUGCGAUGCUGAAAAUGACAUUCGCGAUGCUGUUCAAGGGCACGGCCACGAAGCUGGGCGUUAAGGUGACGGACGACGAUCUGGAGCAGUUCUUCCUUAAUCUCGUCCACGAAACGGUUGAGUAUCGCGAACGGAACGAUGUGCAGCGGAACGAUUUCCUGAACCUGCUGCUGCAGAUCAAAAACAAGGGAUGCCUUGCGGAGCAGGACGGCGGCCACACCGGACCGAGCGGCGUGGGUAUGACGAUGAACGAGCUGGCGGCGCAAGUGUUUAUCUUUUUCGUGGCCGGUUUCGAGACGUCCUCGACGGUGAUGAACUUUUGUCUGUACGAGCUGGCGAAAAACCCCGACGUACAGGAGCGUUUGCGGGAGGAGAUUAAUCGUGCGAUCGAAACCAACGACGGAAAGCUGACGUACGAGGUAGUGAUGGACCAGGAGUACCUCGGACAGGUGGUUAAUGAAACGCUCCGCAAAUAUCCACCGCUGGAGACUACCCUACGGAUGACGGCACAGGAUUAUACGAUCCCCGGCACGGACCAUGUGAUUCCGCGUAAUGUCGGGGUUCAGGUGCCGGUGUUUGGCAUUCAUCGCGAUCCCGAACACUAUCCCGAUCCGGAACGGUUCGAUCCGGGUCGGUUUUCGGCUGACGAGUGCCAGAAGCGUCCGGCCUACACGUUUUUACCGUUCGGCGAGGGACCGCGGAUGUGUAUCGGGAUGCGCUUCGGCAUGAUGCAGGUUAAGGUGGGUCUGGUGACCUUGCUGCGCUCCUUUCGCUUCUUCCCAUCCGCCCAAACACCCGAGCGGAUCGUGUUUGAUCCGAAAUCGUUCAUUCUUUCACCCAUCGGUGGUAACUAUUUGACGGUGGAGAAGCUUUAA